AUGCCUCCACAGCCUGGUGAAGAAAUAUUGGUGAACGUAUUGGCCGAUAUUCAUUACUAUUUCACAGCUCCAGCACCGAGAUCGCUUCAUGAUCGAUUUGAGAAAGGCUCCUACCUAUACAUUUAUCAAAAUGUUGCACAAAAUACCGUGCGAAUCGAAAUUGCGAAUAACGCAGGAACACAGGAUCAAGAUGCUUUCCAAGCAUCAUUUUACAAUGUGCAUAUACAGCACUCAACUCAGUUCCCGACACUUUGCACAGUUACCGUAGACGGGUUUACUGGACAGCCCGAGGACGGCGCAUCUCAGUAUGACUGGCGACUGCCCAGUCUGGACAGACCAUCUGAUUUGAUCCGAAUCCAUACACUCGAUAUCUAUUUCUGGUCUUUAGACGAUUCAAAUCAAUUCUUAGACGCUGCUGGUCACGUCUUAGAUAGCGACCAAGUGGAAACCGAUCGGGAUAUCAGCCCCGAACAGUCCGAUGAACCACUAAGCUCGGUAGUUCAACAACUGGAAAAUGUCGCAGUCACAGACCCGGCCUACCAAAAUGGCCAGACUCCGGAUUCACGAUUCGAGCCACCGCCUAUGGCGGCGCCAGUAGCACAAGCUGCACCAGCAACCCUCAGUUUCCCACCACCUCCUCCAAGCGGACCCUCGAACGAGCAGCAACAACCAGUGACAGAGCGUCAAGUCUCUCCGGAGCAACCGAAAGAACCCGAGAGCAUCGCACCACUACCAUACAAUCCUGCUGCUCCAGCGGCCCCGGAACCAAUUCAACACCGCGAGAAGACACCACCGCCACCAGAAGACGGCACCCAAGGAACAGGCCUUGUAGAAGCAGCGAAAGGCAUGAGCCUCGGAUAUACACCGCCGCACCAACCCCCCAAUGUCGGGAUAAGCUCUUUCGCACCUCCACCCACUUCAACGCCAGGGAUGCCCUACAACACUGCCAUUGCAGGACCUCCGGGUUACGCCUCUCCACCUCCAAGUGCAGGACUGCCUCAUGCAAAUUCAUUCGGCAUGGGUGGGACCCCAUUACACAGCCCUGGAUUACCAACAUACCAGCAAUCCUUCAUUACGGGUCAUCCUGUUCCUCAGGCUGGUGGUAUGUCCUUUGCACCGCCGUCGCAUGACCCAAAUGCCUAUAUGUACGCACAGCAGGCAUACGGUAUGCCACAGCAGCAGGCUCCGGUGGGAUUCUCGAACUACCCGUAUGAGCAGCAACAGCCGCAACCUGUGCAGCGCAGUGUAUCGGAAUAUGAUAUCCAUGCUCAGGUGUAUCGACCUACUAGUGACGAGGUGAACUCGCAUGCACAGAAAAUGGCGAAGAAGGCCAUGAAGGCUCCAGGACAACGGUCACACGGCAUCGAGGAUAAGGCGCAUAAAAUGGAAGGUGGAGUGAAUCGGUUUUUGAAGCGAUUGGAGAAGAAGUUGGGUUAG